AUGCUCGACUUCCUUGUCAACCGUCCUAAUCACAUCUACGAGAAGCAGAAGCUGGUGCAGCACUCGACUGCGCCUCCUCACCUUGUCCUCCCCCGCUCGCGUCUCUACGUUAACACCUACUACGCGCUCUUCACAGCAGGCAUGCUCGGUGUCGUCUACUCUUCGUACCAUAUGAUCAGAGGCAAGAAGACCGGGUAA